GCUUUGUGUGUGCGCAUGGAGACAUGCACGACGAUAGGGAUAAAUGGAUAAGGUUGAUUUUUCGUGUACGGGUGACUAUCUAUCUAUAAAUAGGUGGGACAGCAGAAAAAAAUGCGGGAAAACUAUAAUACCUGCAUUGAAGGGAGGAGAUGCAUUUUGAUUCCGUACAAGCGAGAGCACGUGGCUAAAUACCACGAGUGGAUGAAAGACACGUAUCUGCAGCAGACGACUGCAUCUGAGCCCUUGACAGAAGCAGAGGAGUACGCGAUGCAAGAGAGCUGGGCAGACGAUCCACAAAAAUGUACCUUCAUUUUGCUAGACCGCGAUUACCUUCAAGUUGGGACUCGGGAACAUUAUGGCGAGGGGGACAGCAACACCAACUGCAACUGCAGCUCAAAAAAUCUGACAGAGACAGAUCAUACUAGCAGCAGGCCAAAAGAAGAAGAAGAAGAAGAAGAAGAAGAAGAAGAAGAAGAAGAAGGCAUUGCUGCGAAGAAGAAGAGUGUAAGCCCCAUAGCCGCAGACAAAGCCGUCAUGGACGGCGGCGUGAGCAGGAAAAAAGAAGAAGAAGAAGAAGAAGAAGAAGAAGAAGAAGAAGAAGAAGGAGGGAUUGUUGUGAAGAAGAAGAGUGUAAGCGCCAUAGCCGCAGACAUAGCCGCCAUGGCCGGCGACGUGAAUCUGUUCUUUAACGACAUCGACGAUCCACAUGCUGCGGAGAUCGAGGUGAUGGUGGCAGAAGAGCGAAGCCGGCGAAAGGGAAUCGCAAGGGAAGCGUUGAGGUUGAUGAUGUUGUAUGCAAUCAAACACUUAGGGGUCCAGGUGUUCAGAGCCAAGAUUGGUGACAGUAAUCACCCAUCAUUAAGCCUGUUUCACAGUCUGGGUUAUGAACAGGUAGCAUGGAGCAGUGCGUUUCAAGAGAAGACUCUUGAGUGGAGUGUCACUCCGGAAAGCACAGCACUUCUUCAGCAAUCUGUCCUCGGCGGUGGACGCACCGGGGAUUUGAUCACACGACCAUACGAACGACUCAGGGAGCAGCAGACCGAGUGCUUUUUUCAAGAGAAGACCUCUUGAAUAGAGAGAGAGUCGAUCCUGAGAACACAACAGCAGUUCCGUGGCGGCGAUCUAUCGCCGAUGGGAGCGGGGAGUUGAUCACACGACCAUCAUACACGAACGACGAGUUAUGGACAGCUACCUCUUUUUUUCUUUUUUUUUUUUCUUUUUUGUUAGUGGGGGGGGUGGUGGACGGCUGCUUCUGAAGCGGCGCAGUUCAUGCCCAAGCCUGUAAUAAUUAUGAAUACAAGUGAGCCCUCCGCGACAAAGCCGCGGCCCAGGGGCAGGCCCCCAUCCCAGGCACGGCCAUUAGCCAUUAUCUGGCCCGGGCGACAUUGAGGGGGUGUGUUUGUUUGAGAACAUGAGGGACUCGCAGCAUUCGGGGGGGCCAUCGGCCAAGGUAUCAGCACGCCGUCGGAUCCUGUGUAAAUCAGAACUAUUUUGUUGUGGUCCCCCAUGGACUUGAACUCACGUCUGCAAUUCAACAAUUUCAUGCGUGCAUCAACUGAGCAGCCUGCCAAUGUGCAAAAUGAGAAGGAAUCUUCCGCAAGAACAUAGGAAGAUACACCAGGAGGGACAGACGUAUUGAAAAGAAAUCCCGGUGUGAGUAUGGACUAAGGAGCUGUCAGCUGCAAAUGUCGCCUCCACACACACACAGAUACAGACACACACAGAGAGAGAGAGAGAGAGAGAGAGAGAGAGAGAGAGAGAGAGAGAGAGAGAGAGAGAGAGAGAGAGAGAGAGAGAGAAGAACGUGGAAAUAUACACUGCCACAUUUUGGGUCUCUGGCAGUGUAUAUUUCCAUGUUGUGGCAGUUGUAAUGAACCCGGUCUGGCAGAUACUCAGAAGUCGUCAAACAUCAGUAGUCUCAUUAUCUGCAUCAAAGUCUCCAAAUCGUGAAGUGAUAUCUCAAACCGUAUCUCAUUACCAUUAAAAGAAGAGAGUGGAGGGGGAACAGACAGAGGAGAAGACGAAAGAUCACACAAUAAUAAUCCCUUCAGACCCCUCUCCUUCUCCGGGCUUCUUCCCUCUCCACAUCAACAACUCGUAGAUGAUAACAAAUAUAGUAAACCUGA